GGGCCGGACGGAGCAUAAACGCGCGCGCUCGUCUGCAUCCUUUAUUAGUGCAUGCAGCGCUCCAUCUUAUUUCAAUGGGCUGCGGUGGGAGUCGAGCAGAUGCUAUUGAACCGCGAUAUCAUGAGAGCUGGACCAGAGAAACCGAAUCGACGUGGCUUACUAAUACUGAAGCUGAAAUCCCCAACGGCGUGACUUCUAAGAACCGCGUCGUGCGUGGAGAAUCUAGCCAUCUUAUUAAAGACAAUUCAAAACUAUCAGGUAGAGGUAUGGAGGCCAGAUCCUGUGGAGACAGAGGCAGACAGAUGGUUAAUGCUGGAACUCAAUGUGGAAAGCAGGUUUUGACUUCCAGCACCUGCACAAACCAUCGAAAAACAUCCUGCAGUCAUGAGCAGAUAAGUGACUCAAAGCAGACAACGCACAAAGAGGAAACGACGCAUUCUGAAGGGGUUUCAUCUAAUGCUGCAUCUAACCCAGGGGAGCCAUGAGGGGAAAACAACCCCAUCUUUGUCUGAUGUGGAGGAUACGCUCUGAAACCCAGAGGAGUUCAGCGAUGUGGAUUAUGGGCUAUACAAGAAACCAUAAGCUGUAAAGAGAAAUAGAGCUUCACAAGAGAUGAUAUCUUAUUAAUGCACACUUAGCCUAUAGAAAUAUGCUUUGCUUUAGUUUGUUGCAGAAAUGGGUUAAAAAGAUGCAUCUGAUCAUUAGCUUGGCAAAUAUAGAUUUUAGUCAACCCUGAUAUCCUCACAGGAGUUACUGAGCAAAGCAUAUUCAUAAUGUUUAUAAAUUCAAGUUCAUAAAAUAAAUUCACAUUCAUAAUGUUGCACAAAAGAGUUAUCGCUCACAAUUAAUAAUAGCUCUUAGAAUUUCUUUGUGGAAUUUUAAUGCUAAUUACAUAUUUUAAAAGACAAGGCUAUAGAAUAUUUUUGUCAUGCUUAAAUACUUGUAAAAAAACAACAACAGCAAUUCUAAUUGAUUAGUUGAUUAAUAUUAUGGCCCUCUUAAUGUUUUUAUUUAUGUUUUUUGUUCAUUUCAUUCUUGUAGAUAUGCAUUUAGGCUAUUGCAAAUUGCAAAGUAUUUUUGGCAUGUAUCUGAAAUAAUUAAUUAUUACAUUUUAAUUUAAUUUAAAUUAAAUUUAUUUUAUUUAGUGUGACACUUUUUUUUUUUUACCCUGCUUUGUUUAAUAUGGACAGCUAAGUGCUGUAAAAUCACUGGAACCACUAGAUGGAGCAGUUUAUCUUACAUUUCAAUUGCACAAGGCAACUGAGACAUUACCUGUGCAUAGUUUUACCAGAUCUUAAUGCUGCAUCACAAAAUAGACAUUAGGAAUAGACAUACAGUAUAAAAUAGUGAAUACUAUUUUUAUAGAAAUGUUUAACUUAUCCCAAAACUAUGUAAAUUAAUGACAAGUACAAAGAGCAAUGUUGUUACCUCUAGCAACAUGUAUGAUGCAACAUUGUUUUUGUGUGAAUUUUAUUUAAAUUCUGCUGUCCAACAUAAUAAUUAUGCCAUCCUUUAUCAUCCCCAUUUCACAACAAUUGAAAUUGUUUAUAUAUAUAUAUAUAUAUAUAUAUAUAUAUAUGUAUAUAUAUAUAUAUAUAGAAAUGCAUUAACACAGUUUACUCUGAAAACAUGUCUGACACAUUGUAUAGUCACCUUCUCACUCCAGGGACAGUGGCUGCAAAUUUGUAUGUGCAGGGCAUCUGCUGCAUGAAAUGUGAUGCUAUUAUGUAUUGUCAAUGUCCAGGAAAAUAAAUAAAUAGAUCAAUAAAUGGGACAUAUUUAAAUCUCUACUGAUUUUGCAAUAUGCUAUUUGUUGUUCUAGAAAUGAGCUAUAUAAAUAACUGUUACAAACACCCCUGUCUGGUUAGACAUGAUUUUGACAUGCAGGAAAAAAAGCUUGUAUGGAUAU